AUGUUUGCUAGAGUCCCAAGAGUUAGUAACAAGUUCAUCCCACUGGCCGUCGGUACUGCUGCAGUCGCAUGCUCAGCAUUCUAUGCCACCAGAUUCAUCAAUCCAAUUAAAAACGAAUCCGCUGCUGUGUUCACAGGUGAAGACAAAUGGAUUGAUUUAAAGCUAAAGGAAGUGAAUGAGGUCUCUCACGAUACCAAGAGAUUCACCUUUGCAUUGCCAUCUCCGGACUCUGAAUUGGGUCUAACUCUAUGUUCCGCUCUAAUGGCUAAAUUCGUUACUCCUAAAGGCAGCAAUGUCAUUAGACCAUACACUCCAGUAAGCGAAUUGAACCAAAAGGGUGAAUUUGAGUUGGUUAUCAAGGGCUAUCCAGAUGGUAAGAUGACCAACCACCUCUUCAGUUUGAAACCAUCCGACACCUUAUCUUUCAAGGGACCAAUCAAGAAGCACCAAUGGCAACCAAACUCUUACGAUUCUAUUACUUUGCUUGGUGCCGGAAGUGGUAUCACUCCCUUGUUCCAAUUGUUGAGAAGCGUCGCUAAGAACCCAGAGGAUAAGACUAAGGUCAACUUGUUUUACGGUAACAAGACACCAGGUGAUAUUCUUCUGAAGAAAGAAUUGGACGACUUACAACAAAAGUACUCAGACCAAGUCAAGAUUACCUACUUCGUUGACAAGUCAGAAGGUGACUUCAAAGGCGAGACUGGUUUCAUCAGCAAGGAUUUCCUUGCUGCUAACAGUGCAAAACCAGAUGAAAAGACUCACUUCUUCGUUUGCGGUCCACCACCAUUCAUGGAAGCCAUUUCUGGUAACAAGAAGGGUCCUGCUGAACAAGGUGAGUUGAAGGGUGCUUUGAAAGAUUUGGGCUUCAAGGAAGACCAAGUCUUCAAAUUCUAA